AUGCUCAUAGGUGAAGUGCUAAGUUUUGAUUUGGUCCCUGACUUUAUUCUGUACUCUCCAACAAUGAUUUACAAACUGCAUUUGGUCUCUUAUUUUGACGAGUACUUCUUGGGAAUCACUAAACCUCAACAAAUCUUCUGGAUUGCCAACCGAGACGAUCCCCUUGACCUCACCAAGAGACCGAGGCUUAUAAUCGAUGAGUAUGGCAACAACACAAUUGUUUACCAUCUAGAUCCCGCCAUUACUAUUCCUAUAUACUCUUUCUCAACUUCCAACGCACAACAAAUCAUCAGAGCUAGCCUCAUUUUAAAGGAUAAUGGUUUCUUGCAGCUUGUUCAGAAGAAUGAAACUGGACCUGACACAGUGCUAUGGGACAGUUUUGAUCACCCUAAUAACGUUAUCCCUAGAGGGAUAAGAUUGGGAUUAGACAGAGUAACAGGGAAGAAACGGAACAUAACGUCAUGGGCAUCACCAGGAAGCCCAGCUUCUGGUUCAUUUACUUUAGGAAUGGACGUGGACAACAACACCAUGCAAUUGGUUAUAUGGUGGCAAGGAAGCGUGUACUGGAAAAGUUGGCCCAUGACGCAAUGGCAUAAUAGGACAACUGAAGCAGAAGGAUUUCGUAGUCACUAUUACUCGAGAUAUUCAGAUCUCUUAUUUCUGAACGAAACAAAUGGAAGAGAAAUCAAUGUGAUAUUUGCAGGGACGUUGUCCGGUGAUAAUAACAAUGAUAAUAAUACGAAUUUCAUUGGUUUGAAUCCAAGGGGUGAACUUUAUGGAGCAGUUUCUGUGUCGUGCAAUGGUGAGAACCCAGAACAUUUUGCGGGAUGUAACCCUCCCAAGCCUCCGAGUUGCAGACACCCACAUGCUUACGUGUCAUUUGUCAACAAUCGAACCGCUCGUAUGUCAGAAGAAGGGUUCAGGAUUGAAAACACACAGACUCUGACCGUUUUUUGGUUUUUCCCACUUAUAAAUCAAAUGCUUGAUCUAGUGGAAAAGAGAUUGAGACAGGCCAAGUUAUUGCAUGAAAUUGGAGAUACUGCCAUACCCUUCACUAUAAAUGGUAAAAGGAAAUCCAAUGAAAGCGAUAAAACAGGCCAAGAGAUUCAUAAAUUCAGCUUUGAAAGCAUUGCCACGGCAACAUGUAACUUCUUGUCAACAAAUAAGCUAGGUGAGGGUGACUUUGGACCUGUCUACAAGGAUCAAGCCGAGGAUAGACCCAACAUGUCAGAAGUGGUUUUUUUUCUGUCAAAUGACACAAUUUUACUUGUUGAACCUAAACAACCUGUAUUCUUCACAACUGCAGCAGAAAAGAAGACCUCAUUGGCUAAUAAUAUUAAAGGACAAAAUUGUUCUAUUUAUGAUGCAAUCGUUUCAGAUAUAGACGGAAGAUAA